CUACAGUCGAGUCUUUAAUUCAGAACUGAAGCCUCGAUUUCAUCUUCCCCGCAUUGUUGCGGAUCAAUGAAGAUAUCUCAGAAAGCGAAGAGGGCGGUAUCGCCGCAUCCUCAAGUAGCAGAGCUUGUCACAAAGCUCAUAAACACUCCAAACGAUGAUCUCGCCGACGUUUUGGCUGAUAUUGACUCCUGGAAAUGGCCGCGAUCCGAUCUCAAUGCCUGGACUAAGGUCCUCGACAAGUUCGAUGUCAUUCUGGAGGAAGCCAUCCGGGAUUACGAUGUGGACAAGUUACAGAUAAACGUGUUCACUCCAGCGACGAAGAAAACCAUCAGCUAUAUUCUUAGGUUCGAAAGGCUUUUGUUGGAGAACUCCACCAAUCGCAAAACCUUCAGCUCCUAUGAUAGGCUUAAUUCCUUAUUGUUCACGUCAGAUCUUGACGUGCUUACACUAGCACUGAACCUUCUCCUUCGCCCCGCACAACAAUACUCCGCUCAGCCCGCAGUAUCAACAGCCCUUAACAUCUCCACACCCCGUUUGCUCUCCCUCUCCAAGCGGUGGCCUCAUAUCCAUGAACACGGCAUAAGCUUGCUGGAUCUUGUCAGUACAAACGGCCCACAGCAGGUCGAUGCUCUGCCUGCCGGAGCUCGUGAUGUAAGUUUCGUUUAUUAUCGAACUGACCAGAAGGAGAAGGGACAGGGAAAGGAAACCGAUCAUAUUGAAGCUAUGCCGUCCAGCCCUAACAAACUCUCCGUUCCACCCUCCACUUCGCAUUCAUACGCGUCUACUAUUCACAUUGAUGAAGAGACUCUGAAGAACAAGGCAGUCAUGGACAUCAUGGCGGAUGUAUUGGAAACGCAUCCACUGAAUAACGAUGACAAGUUCGAACUGCUUUGUCGCGUUCGAUCCUCCAAGGCACUUGCCACCGGCAACGACAUUAUGAGAGAGGAGCUUGUCGCCAUACGACUAAUUUGUAUCGCCAUCUAUGGCCAUACGCACAGCGAGACUCAAGCGUCAUCAACACUUUUCCUGUAUGAGCCCGAUCUCACUACCCACAUCGCUGAACUUCUCCAGUUGGAUCGCGGGGUUUCGAUAUCUGUGCAGACAGCGGCUAUCUCGGCGCUAGACUCGAUCGCCAGGUACCGAGGGAAAGUAACCGAGGUGCUGGGCGCCGUCAAUGCUGCUGUCAACCACGGAAUCAUCAUGGCCCUUUUGCGAAAGACUAUCCUGGAGGUUAAUAGUCCGGACAGCAGAAUUUCAGCUACAUUCGUCGAGUCUCUUCUUUCAUUCGUAACCUACCUUGCACAGCACAUCAACGGGGGAAAUAUGCUUGUCAGCGCAGGAUUAGUUCCCUUGCUGGUUCAGAUCAUGGAGAAUAGGCUAGCUCAGAGACUCCCGAUGGUCUCGAAGGCUAUGCAAUUGGUGGAUAACAUCCUCUACGCCUUUUCAAAUGCGUUCCAGGUGUUUUCAAACUCUCGUGGGGUCGAAGUUUUGGUGGCACGAAUCCAGCACGAGGUCGACUUUGAUAUCACGAUGUACGGCAACGAGCGCUCCAAGGACCUGUUUGGUUCGUACGGACAACUUCCGGUUCCAAGGGCCGCCGUGCUUAAACACACGUUACGCUCCAUACAUCGCAUGAUGCAGUCUACGGGAACAUCUGAAGGGUUGCGCGGCCUGAUUGAUUCCACCCUGCCACAAUCAAUCAAGAAGAUCAUGGAGUAUCGUGGCCUGUUUGGUCCCAACCUCCUUCCUCUUGCCAUGAACAUAAUGGCAACUUUUAUUCAUAAUGAGCCGACGUCUCUUGCGACGAUUCAGGAAGCAGGUUUGCCUCAGGUGUUCUACAGGGUGAUCGAAGCAGGUUUGGAACCUGUCAUUGAACUCAUCCAAGCCAUUCCCAAUGCAAUUGGGGCGCUCUGCCUCAACCAGGUUGGUCAGGAUCAGCUUGCAACUCGCCCAAGCGUGAUACCUGGCAUCAUUUCGAUCUUCACUUCUGAGAGCCAUAUCAAAGUCCUUCGUGAAAAGGAGAAUGCUGUUCUAAUGGGUACCGCCAUUGACGAAUUGAUCCGCCACCACCCAACGCUGAAAACUCCUAUUUUUGAUGCCGUCAAGUCCGCUCUGAGUAAAAUCGAGGAUCUUGGAAAUACUUUUGUAGUUCCUAAGGACAAGAAAGAAUGGUAUUGCCUCAUGCUUGCCUCCCAAACUAUGGACAAGGACGACGUCAUCCCGAUGGAUGUGGUGGAAAGUGACGUUAAUAGUUCUGACGCUCAGGAGGACACGUCUGACGACGACUCGCUGAGGAGUCAUGACAACAACGUAGUUCUUUAUAUUGAUGUCUUGUGCCGAUUUCUUGAGGGUCUGUUCCAACAUACGCAACAUUGCAGAGAUUUCAUCAGAAAUGUUGAGGGUCUCGAGCGUAUCGGCAGGCUCACUGCCUUGCCAUGCCUUCCAUAUGAUUAUGCGAACAGCGUUGCCUCAGACUCGCUAGUACAAGUUAUUCGGACGAUGGCGGACGUAGGACCCAACGAGGCACUUCACCAUCUUUCAAAACUUGUGGAAAAUUCACUCUCUGACUCCCAAAGUUUCUGGGCGGCUCCUCAGUCUCACUCCAAGCUGGCGCCGUUCCUUGAUCUUUCAGAGGAUCAGGAAAGUGCAGCAAAUCAACAAUUCCGGAGCCUUGUGACCCUUCACAUCCGCAUCACUAUCUUGGCUGACGUUUUUUCUACUGCUGGCUAUGCACAUGGAAGGUCUGCAAUUGGACUUCUUCAGACUCUCAUGAGUGAUCCGCCGAAAGUCGUCAAAGAGCUAGGCGCUCUCCAUCGCGCAUCGGUGUGGGAGAACAUCUUGUUUAAAGCCAACAUGGUGGCAAAGGGGAUGGAGGUUGGUCCGAGCAGUCAGGGAUCUCCCCUUGGGAGAUCACCUAGCCAUGGUUCGGUGUCUCUCCCAGAGUCGAAUGUUGGCGUUACUCCCAACGGUGUUCAAUCGGGAUCGGCGUCGAUACCUGCGCAGUCAUCGUCGCUUACAUCGCCGAAAAUAGACACCACGCGAGAGAAGAAUGCCAAGGCACUCAAACAUCUAACGCAUGGUCUUCCAAGCGCUUUGGCCCCUUUUUUCCAGGCCAUCGUAAAGCUGUUCUAUGCGAGGCGAAAUCCUGAUGCAACUCAGAAGAAGCAAAUUCUAUCUGCAUCAGCCACUAUUGCAGAAAUCAUGGUGGAGCAUCUCAAGUACGAGGUCGAAGGCGAUCAAGUCUGUUGCUUAGAUUAUCACAGCGUCAUGUUAGGACUUGUGACGAUCCUAGUUGUGGACGAGCGGACGAUGAAUCCCACUCUUCAUACCGUGUUGCUCCUUGCUUUUCAGCGUGCAAAGGGCUUGGAAGCCAUUUUCAGAAUCUGCAAAUGCUUCACUGACUUAAUCGACGGCGUAACGGCAGUGAAACCUGAAGAUCGAACAGAGACUAUGCAGCAAGAACUCGCUCAUGCGCAGGGAGGACUGAAGGUUGCGUUGAACCUCGUGCAUCCAUUACUUUCUUCAAAGCCGCUCAUCGAGUCCGGCCAAACGUCACUAGUCACAACUCGGGACAAGAAGGAUACAGAACCCGGUUAUUUCGAGCCUCAUCAUUUCCUUGUCGGGCUUCGCCUCGAGAGCAUACCCUUGCUGCGUAGUAUCUGGGAGGCUUCCUGGCUUCGUUCAUCCCCUUUGACCCUGGUCAAGUCGGUUGUUCAGAUCAUGCUCGAGGUCACGGCGGGUGAGAAUGAAGAGUUCAAGGGGGAUCCUUCCCAAGAGGGCCCCAAUGGCGGAACUGGCCCUCCUACCGGCAGCGGCUUUCAUAUUAGAGCUGCCGGGCCAGAUGAAAAUCGCAUUCGCCAGCUCACGGAUAUGGGAUUCCCUCGCUCUGCCGCUGAACGUGCUCUCGCCCGCACUCAUAAUAAUGUCAAUGCUGCGACCGAGUUACUCCUGAGCCAGCCAUAUCCAUUUCCCCCUGAUCCGCAGCCAAACGGAUCUACUGCGGAGCAAGACGAGACAGGUGAUGCCCUUGCGGAUGGAGGUGACGAGGAUCCCUCUGAUGAGGAGAUGGAUGUUGAGGAUUCUGCCCCGCCCGCUCCUCCAGCUGAGUCCACCCCGCCUCCUCAAUCGACUAGCGAAGAGCAAGGGAAGGGUCUUGAAGAAUUACGGAAAGAUCUCGACGAAGCAAGAGAGAUUUUGAAGAAAGAGCUGCCUCGAAAGGCCUUGCAACUGGUUGAUGAACACCCUUCGUUGAUAUUCGAGGUUCAUCGGGCAUUCAUGCACCCGACUGAUGAGCUCCAGGAGCAGUCGAUCCGCACAUUGAUUGACGAUAUACAAUCAUUCUCUCCUGCGGUUUAUGACUCUCAUGAACAGCCACUGGCUGCUAGAUGUCGGUUACUUGCAAUAGUUCUCUCUGAAUCCCCAACGCUCCCGCAAGCCCUUGGACAAAGCUUGAUGGACACCCUAUCAGCUCUGCUCCUGUCGAAUUCUGUCCGCGGAGAUUCAUCCCAUCCAAAGUGGCUGGCUUCCCACCUCCUUGUGACGGAGGCUUUGUUCACUAUCGGCGAACAGCCCUCUAUUGUCGUUUUGCCGAAAGAGAAUGAACCUGUGACCACUCCUGACAUUUCUGUUGGCCCAGCAUAUGCUGAUGCACGACCCAUUAUAUUCAAUUUCUGCCUCCGGUUACUAGCUGACCCGGACCUCCAAAAGGAUGAGCUAUUGUCCACACUUCGUCUGCUGGUCUUGCUCACAAGGGACCAUGGAACAGCAUCUGAACUCAUCAAGCGUGAUGGACUCCCGCGUCUCUUCUCACAUCUCAAAGGCUCUACUGUUCCUGGCGGUCAAUCGUAUGCGAUGAUCAUACUUCGCCACAUCGCUGAAGGGCUAUCUGUGCUUCGACAUAUCAUGAAGCAAGAAGUAAAGCGACUGUUCUCUCAGCCACGCACAAGGAUAAUCGAUGUUUCGGGAUACAUGCGCAAUUGCAGUGCAAUGGCUCUCAGAGAUCCGUCUGCAUUUAUCCAUGUGACUCAGGACCUGUGCCAGCUUCAACAACCUUUCUCCGCUGUCCAGCAUAUUACCCUCAAGCCUGGGACUCCGCAGUCGAGCGCGAACACUGGCAUUGUAGAGCGUAAUGAUAUGCAGAUUGACCAACCAGCACCGCCGGAGGUUCAUGGGCCCGACGCGGAGGCUUUGGAGACAAUGGUACAUUUUCUCAUCAGCGAGUUGAUGAAGAAUGCGCGCCCUUCCUUCGAUAAUGAUGUCACGACGAAGCGCGAAGAUGCGACACAGAGCGCCCCCGAGAGCGUCGAUGCGAGCAAGGAUGAUCUCAACGAUCAAGAUCGGCAUUCGUACUGCUGUUUCAUUAUGCAGUGCCUCACAGAACUGCUAUUUUCCUAUGAUGCCUGCAAACUCGCGUUUUUGUCUUACUCUCCGAAGAAGAAAAUGUCAACUCCUGCUAAAGAUCCCACUACCAAACAUCGCGCAGCUGUCCUCCAGUUCUUCCUUUCCGACCUCAUAACCUUCAGAACCAUUGCUUCCCAGCCAUAUGCGAAGGUGAACCAAGCCUUCUCUCUGUGUACUUGUGCGAUGUCCGUACUUGUGGCUCUCUGCGUCGACAGCUCUGCAGGGGUAGAAUCGAAGGAUGUCUCCGCGGACUUGAUCUCGGUCCGCAAAUUUACCCUAGAGGCCAUUAGUCGCGCCAUCAAGGAGUACACGUUGCAAGACAAUGUGGAUGCGAGAUACGGGCGCCUUCUCGCUUUGGCGGAUCUAUGCAACCGACUUCUUACUGUACGCUUCAACAACGGCAGCCGCAAAUCGCAGGACGAGAGUACCACACACAUUGCGAAGAUCAUGCUGGAAAAGAAUUUCGUCUCAAUCUUAACCAGCGCUCUGGCUGAAGUUGACCUGAACUACCCCAAUGUCCGUGGUCUCGUGGCGUCGAUCCUUAGGCCAAUGGAAAAUCUUACACGGAUUGCUAUCAAGAUGAGUCGCGCGACUGAAAAGGCCAAAGACGGUGGCGAUGGAAAGGCCUCUCAAAGCGUAGUCUCCGAGGACGAGGAUGAAGACGAAAAUAUUGACGUGGAUGACGACGAUCGAGAAGAGACUCCCGAUCUAUACAGAACUUCUGCUCUGGGAAUGUUCGGAGGCGAGAUGGAAGAUAUCAAUUAUGGACCAGAGGAUGAGAUGGCCGAAGGAGACGAGGAUGAGGACGAGGAUGUUGAGAUGGAGUAUGGCGAUGAAACUGAUAGCGCAGCAACGUCGGAUUCCGAGGAUGAAUUGGAAGGUGGCGGGGAUGAUGACGACGAUGAAGACAGCAACGGAGGUGAAUGGCAUGAUGAAGACGAAGAGUACGAGGAAGAUGACUUGGUCGAGAAUGAGGAUGAUGAGGACAACGAUGACGAUGAACCUGCGGUUGGUGAAGAGGUAGAUGAAGAAGAGAUCAUGUGGCAGGAUAUUCGGGGAGGAGAUGAUGAAGGUGACGAAGUCGCUGAUGAAGAGGAGGAAGAAGAAGAAGAGGAGGACGAGGAAGAGGACGAACACGGAGAACCAGUUGCCGUCAUUCAUGCAGAUCAAGGAGAGGAACCUGAUAUAUUAUCUGAUGACGAAGAGCAAGUCACCUUGCAUCGCUAUGAUGCUGUCGCUUACCCAUCAUUCAGUUUCCAUGAUGAAAUGGGUGUCAUCGAUGUGCAAGGCAUUAUCCAAGACGGGGGAUUCAGGUUCACCGGUGCUGUUGACCUGGAUGGCGAAGAGCUCGAUGGCCGAGACCCCUUCAUUCGCAGGCGCCGUAACACGGGCGAGGAUGUGCAAGUAUUCGGCCGCCCCCGGCAUGUGCCAGCUGCGCCACCAGAAGCUACUGUUCACCCCCUUCUUUUGGACGCUUCCGCUGCGACGAAUCGACCUGUUGGUUUAACUCGCGUGGCUCGCCGCUCCCACAGGGGUGCAGGUGGGGGCGUUCAGCACGACCUCAUACAUUCCAUCGAAGACAUCAUUGGAGGUGAUGCAGGCAAUAUCUUCCAAACCAUCAUAGACCGUCAUGGUACUGAAGCCAUACGAGUGGAUGUCGCUCCUGGUGCUAUGGUGGACGGCCGAGGAUUCCUUGGCCGAAGGGGUGCUGCUCUAUUCACUGGGGUUAGAGUCGACGGUGUGCGGGUGGAUCGUGUUUCUCGACCAAGCGAUUCCCGUGGCGAUUCCCGCGCGUUCGAUCCGUUAUUGACAAUCCAAAGGUGGACGGAAGAAGCUAAGACGUUGAAUGGCAAGCACGUUUCCGAAAGAGCAAAUAGGCUGGGCAACCAUGUCACUAUAGCAUUGCUCCCAGCCGCCAUCGAGGCCCUGCAACAGAGGGAGCAACAGAAGCGUCAAGCUCAGAUCAAGGCAGAGGAAGCAGAAGCACAUCAGCUGGAGGCUGAUCGCACUGGGGCUCUGGAGGCUACAAGUUCUAGCGUGGUGGCCUCUCAUGCAAGUCCGGAAAAUAUUGCGAAUACACUACCCGAUCCUCCCACAUCCAAUCCAACCGCCAUUGCUUCAAACUCUGAUGUAGAGAUGGAUGAUGUACACGUGCCCGCUCCGCAUUCUGACGAACAUGUCGCAGCGCCAGAAGCCUCUUCUACAGUAGAAGAAGUGCCCGCUGCGGAAGAAGCGCCAGGGCCUUCUCAACCUCCUCCCUCCGAGCGUGUCACUGUGAUGAUCCAUGGUAGCGAGGUGGAUAUCACUGACAUGGGCAUUGAUCCAACUUUCCUUGAAGCCUUACCUGACGAUAUCCGGGAAGAGGUCAUCAAUCAACACGUACGGGAUCAGCGCGCAGCCAGGGUCGAACGCCCUGCCGACUCCCAGAUCAGUCCAGAGUUUCUUGAUGCAUUGCCACCGGAAAUCAGAGCUGAACUUAUUCAACAAGAAAGGAUAGAGCAAUCCAGACAUGCUCCAGUGCCUGCGCCCGCACCAGGCCCUCCGGGAGUUGCAGCGGAUAUUGAUCCGGCAAGCUUUAUUGCUAGUUUAGAUCCACAGCUCCGACAAGUCGUUCUGAUGGACUCUGAUGAUGGUUUGUUGCAAACUCUGCCGUCUUACAUGAUUGCAGAGGCUGGAGUAUACCGUGACGAGGUAAAUGGAUCUCGAGGCGGUAUUGCUGCUCGGGCUCUCAGAACUGCUGCUGCUCAACGCCCUCUCCCACCUCGUAAGGUCCCUCCCCCCCGCGAUGCCAUUCAGCUCCUCGAUAAGGCUGGGGUAGCCACUCUCGUUCGCCUACUCUUCUUCCCUCACGUUCUAAAGAAGAAUCUCCUCUUCAAAAUCUUGGUCAAUAUCUGCGAAAACAGCAAGACCCGCUCUGAGCUUUUCAAUCUUCUUCUCAGUAUUCUUCAAAGUGGCCCAGGGGACCUAGCUGCUGUGGACAAGAGCUUCGCGCAAAUGACGACUCGUACUCCAAAAUCUGCGGUGCUUCAAACACCUAAAACCGCUGCUAAGGUGAAAACAGCAUCGGACCUUAGCACACCAGUGGCGAUUGGCGGCUUUCAGAUUGAAACAGUUCCAGACCUCGUCGUGCAGCGUUGCCUAGAAGCUAUGACUUACAUCGUCAGUGCAAAUGAACCGUCCUCGUUAUUCUUCUUGACCGAACAUGAACUCCCGGCCGGUUUGAGGAAGAUGCCCUCCAGGAAGGGUAAAGGCAAAGAGAAACCGAUGCCCCAGACACAUUUCCCAAUUGUACUACUCCUUGGCCUUCUUGAUCGACAAUCCCUCCUCAAAACACCCUCGACGAUGGACUCCGUCGUGACGCUCUUGUCGACGGUCACCAAACCUCUGACAAGUCUUAAAUCUGAUAAGAAGGAGCAGUCAAAUGACGUUGCGCCCGAGACUUCCACUUCUGCGGCACCUGCUGGUGCACCUGUACCGACUACCUCUGAGGAUGCUGGGGCGCAGGAAUCAACUGCAGCGUCAGUUGAACCCUCCAAGCCUGAUAUCCCAGCAGAAGCUCAGACAGAUGUGAAACCCUUACUUGCUGUUCCCCCGCAAAUUCCUCAUUCGGUGUUACGUUUGAUCGUGAACAUUCUUGCGGUUGGAGAAUGUUCGUCACGCACCUUCCAGCAGUCUCUUGCCUUGAUACAAAAUCUCUCUCACAUUCCUGACGCACGCGAUAUUAUCGCACAGGAGCUUAAAACAAAGGCGCAGGACUGUGGACACGCCAUUCUUAGUGAUCUCGGCGAUCUCGUGAAUGCUUUGACGAGUUCACGCGAUGAUGUCUUGGCAUCCUCCGUUGCACCGAAAUUCUCGUCACCAUCAUCAGACCAGACGAAGCUUCUACGUGUCCUCAAGACCAUUGACUAUAUGUAUACGCCUCGGAUGGUUGGUCCCGUGACGGACGAGACUCGGAAAAGUGAAGAUGCUGAGAAGGUACAGACUAUCUACGAAUCCUUCCAUUUCGCACCUCUUUGGAAACGCCUAGGAGAUUGUCUGUCUACCAUUGAAGAGAAACCGGAGCUGGAGCACAUGGCGAUCGUACUGCUCCCUCUGAUCGAGGCGCUGAUGGUGGUGUGCAAAUACGUAGGAUCGAAGUCGGCCUCAGCUCGUGCCCUUCGAGCAGCAGCAUCCCCUCGCUCUCCAACGACUUCUCGGGAGAGUAUGGAAGAUCUCUUCGUGUCCUUUACGGAUGCUCAUCGCAAGGUGCUGAAUCUCAUGGUCCGCAACAACCCGUCUUUGAUGAGCGGCUCAUUCUCCCUGUUGGUCCAUAAUCCCCGUGUCCUUGACUUCGACAACAAGCGAAAUUAUUUCACUCAGCAACUUCACCGUCGCCCGCAUCCCCGCGAACACCAGGGCACACUCCAGCUUAACGUACGCCGAGCAAGAGUGUUCGAGGAUAGUUUCCAGUACCUCCAGCGCAAGACAGGAGAACAAAUCAAACAUGGCAAACUCAGCGUCCGCUUCUAUGACGAAGAGGGUGUGGAUGCUGGCGGUGUUACUCGAGAAUGGUUCCAGAUCCUCGCACGUCAGAUGUUCGAUCCUAAUAACGCUCUCUUCCAACCUUGUGCGGCCGACCGUCUCACCUACCAGCCCAACAAAAACUCAUGGGUCAAUCCUGAGCAUUUGUCUUUCUUCAAAUUUGUAGGACGCAUCAUUGGGAAAGCGAUUUAUGACGGUCGUCUCCUAGACGCAUACUUUGCGAAGAGCAUAUACAGACAGCUUUUGGGAAAACCCGUGGACUAUCGGGACGUCGAGUGGGUUGAUCCAGAGUACUAUAAUUCGUUGUGCUGGAUUUUGGAUAAUGAUCCAACACCCCUGGAUUUGACAUUCAGCGUGGAAGCGGAUGAGUUUGGUGUGAAUCGUAUUUUUGCUCUGAAGGACGGUGGGGAGUCAAUACCCGUGACACAGGAGAACAAGCGAGAGUUCGUACAGCUCUCUGCAAACUUCCGACUAUAUUCCUCAAUCAGCAAACAAAUUGAGAAUCUCGUGGCGGGUUUCCAGGAGAUCAUUCCAAAUGAUCUUAUCACAAUUUUCAAUGAGCAAGAGCUUGAGUUGCUCAUCUCCGGCACUCCUGAUAUCGACGUGGACGAAUGGCGCGCAGCUACUGAGUACAGCGGUUACACAAGCUCUGACCCCGUGAUAGUUUGGUGGUGGAGAGCUCUGAAAUCCUUCAAUCGGGAAGAGCGAGCCAAGGUUCUCAGUUUCGCUACUGGUACCUCGCGGGUACCGCUUGGUGGAUUUGUGGAUCUGCAGGGUGUUCAGGGUGUUCAGAGAUUCUCCAUUCAUCGUGCAUAUGGAGAUCCAGAUCGAUUGCCACAGGCUCACACUUGCUUCAAUCAGAUCGACUUGCCGCAGUAUUCUUCGUACGAGAUGUUGCGACAACAAUUGCUACUUGCCAUAAACGAGGGUGGGGAAGGAUUUGGAUUUGCAUGAUGCAGAGUAUCUUGAUGGAAAAAUAGACCAUUGAUAUUGAUCACCGACAUGUAGAAACACGCAUUGUAUAUAUAAGCAUCCGCAUAUUCCUCAGCGCUCAGUACUUGUACUGUUGGCUUUUGCCCACUAAAUUUGCUUCCGUCCUGCUUACAGUCAUGAACUGGACGGAUCAGGACCGUCGGGCUCAGCCGGGCGGACGGUACUCCCACC